CUGUGAUAGGCUGGCCACAUGUCCAGGGUGUUCCCCGCCCAAUGUCAGCUGGGAUUGGCUCCAGCCCCCCACCCCCACGACCCUUAAAUGGAUAAAGCGGUAGACGAUGGAUGGAUGGAUGGAUUUGACAUGUCAGGGGGGGCGGGGCGUCCUCCCGAUUCAACGCCCUCGUUUUUAUUUCCCUUAAACUCCCGAGGAGGCGCUGUCGGCCCUGUCACCCCCGAGGAGCCGCGACUGCUCGCACACGGAUUUGUAUGGUCGUGAUUUGGGAGAUUCUUUAAAUGCGAUCGAGGUAUCAGGGUCAAUUUUAAAAUCCGAAACGUCGGCGUUGGAGAAGAUGCAGGAUGACGCGCGCUACCUCAAACGCAAAGUGACUGCGGGCAGUUUGGAUGUUCAUCCCACGGAGAAGGCACUUGUGGUCCACUAUGAGGUGGAGGCGUCCAUCCUGGGAGAGAGUGGAGGUCAUAUGCUGGCCGAACGCAAGGAGGGACAAAAAAUUAUCCGUGUGAAAAGUCUGUCCCCUAGUACAGAUGUGGGAGCUUUGGCCAAGAAAGUGGUGGAGGAGUGUAAGCUCAUCCCUCCCUCCCGUCUGCCCCAUGUGGAGCAGCUCCUUUACUACUUGCAGAACAGGAAAUCAUCCCCAGUGGAGGGCAAAGUGGAGAAGAAAGAGAAAAGAAGUGUGAAACCUCGAGAGUUGACUCCGUUUGAAGGAAUGGAGUUGAAUGAGGAAGCCAGUAUAACCAGAGUUGAAGAGUAUGUGGAGCUGCUCUAUGAAGGCGUCCCAGAGAAGAUCAGAGGCUCCGCCCUCAUUCUGCAGCUUGCCCGCAACCCUGAUAACCUAGAGGAGCUGCUGCACAAUGAGGCAGCUCUCAGUGCUCUGGCCAGAGUACUAAGGGAGGACUGGAAACAGAGUGUGGAGCUGGCCACCAUCAUCAUUUACAUCUUCUUCUGCUUCUCUAGUUUCUCCCAGUUUCAUGCAGUGGUGAGUCAAUAUAAAAUAGGUGCGUUGUGUAUGAGCGUGGUGGAACAUGAACUGAAGAGACACGACGUGUGGCGUGAGGAGCUGCGCAAGAAAAAUAAAGCUUGUGAGUCCUCACCAGAGAAUGGCUCUCUGAGAAGAGACCAAGACAAAGCCCUGAGGAAAUAUCAAGGCCUUCGGGCGAAACAGGAACAACUGCUCAGAGUGUCCCUUUACCUCUUACUGAACCUUGCCGAGGACACAAGGACGGAGCUGAAGAUGAGGAAUAAGAACAUUGUUGGUCUGCUGGUCAAAGUUCUUGAUCGGGAUGAUGAGGAGUUACUGGUGCUGGUGGUUUCAUUCCUGAAAAAACUGUCCAUCUUCUUGGAGAACAAGAAUGACAUGGCUGAGGUGGAGACUGUAGAACGACUGGCUCACCUGGUGCCCUGCGACCAUGAAGAUCUGCUGAACCUGACUCUGCGUCUGCUGCUCAACCUCUCCUUUGACUCCGGGCUCCGAGCCAAGAUGGUGGAAGUCGGACUGUUACCGAAAUUGACUGGCUUGCUGGGCGAUGAGAGCAACCGUCAGGUCGUCCUGCGUAUCCUGUAUCACAUCAGCAUGGACGACCGCUUCAAGGGCAUGUUUGUCUACACCGACUGUAUACCUCAGCUCAUGCAAAUGCUGUUUGAGUGUGGUGAGGAGGAAAUUGAGGCCGAACUCAUCUCCAUCUGCAUCAACCUGGCUGCAAACAAGAGGAAUGCACAACUUACAUGUGAAGGCAAUGGGCUGAAGAUGCUCAUGAAGAGAGCUCUGAAGAUGAAAGAAUGUCUGCUGAUGAAGAUGAUCAGAAACAUCUCACAACAUGAUGGACCAACCAAACCACUGUUCAUAGACUAUGUUGGUGACCUGGCAGCAGAGAUCCGUGCAGAAGAAGAGGAGGAGUGGGUUCUGGAGUGUCUGGGGACACUGGCCAACCUCACCAUCCCUGACCUGGACUGGGAGCUGGUGCUGAAGGAGUACAACCUGGUACCUUACCUCAAAGACAGACUCAAACCAGGCUCAGCGGAGGAAGACCUCAUCCUAGAGGUUGUGAUUAUGAUUGGAACAGUUUCCAUGGAUGAUGCCUGUGCUGCCAUGCUGGCUAAAUCUGGCAUUAUUCCUGCCCUUAUCGAGCUACUGAAUGCCCAACAGGAGGACGAUGAGUUCGUGUGUCAGAUUGUCUACGUCUUCUAUCAGAUGGUUUUUCACCAAGCCACACGAGACGUCAUCAUCAAAGACACCCAGGCUCCAGCCUACCUGAUAGACCUGAUGCAUGACAAGAAUGCUGAGAUUCGUAAAGUGUGUGACAACACCCUCGAUAUUAUUGCUGAGUACGACGAGGAGUGGGGGAGGAAGAUCCAGUCCGAGAAGUUCCGUUUCCAUAACAACCAGUGGUUGGAAAUGGUCGAGAGUCGUCAGGCCGAUGAGUCUGAAACAUAUCUCUACGAUAAUGACAAUGACAGGACCGAUCUAUUCUAUACUGCAGAUGGCAGCGUAAGCCCAGAUUUCUUCAGUGACCUUCAGGCUCAAAAUGGAGACUCGUACCACACAGAAGACGACAAAGGUGUCUUCGAUCAGACCAGUUCGUCACCUGGACGACCAGCCACUGCCUACGGCUUUCGACCUGACGAGCAGCCCUUCUACCAGUACUCAUAGACAUACACACACACGCCUGGUCUGGUGAACACAUAGGGACGUCCUGUCUACUUAAAACCGUUCCCCAUCCACAAUCCACGUUUCACUACUAGAAUUACAUUAUCAUGAGUGAAUGUGAAGACAUGGUCAUAAUUGGUGAAAUGCAGCCCCCUCGAAAACUGCUGGUUAUGUCAGCUUAUGUUGAGUUUCCUGUGGGUGACCAAAUAUUAUAACAGAAUGUGAACAGACUUUACAUUUCCAGUAAUGUAUGUUGGUAAGUUUGGCAUGAAUUAUGUUUGUAACAAUGAAUUUUUGUUACCUUGUCAAAUCCACUGGAAAAUCAGGCAGAUACUUUCUAACACUCCGAUGUCGAGGGAUUUGAGAUCCAGGAGUCUGACUCGUAACACUGUCAACACACUAACCUUUAGUUACACAGUCAUUUUAUUAUCAUGCACUAUAAUGAACAUAACUUUCAUUUUUUAAAUGUCACUGUAAACUGGGCACAUUGUGGCUGGUGAUCCUCACAUCUGGUGCCUGUACUUCGAAGCAGGAUCUGCGGUUAUCCAGGUAACUUCAGGUUUAACUCUGGGUUUUUUUCCAUCCUGCGAAGCUGGUUCUCUCUGACCUGUUUCUUGACUCCGGAGCAGGUUAAGUUUGAGAUUAGAUAUCAAAACCUGUCACCGGCCUGACUACUGACCAAUCAGAUCACUGGAAAACUAGAGUCACCGUUCUACAGGAUCCUGUCAGGGACAAAUAUGAUGACAAAUAAUAAAGCACAGCAGAUUUUUAUAGUUGAGUGGAAUCAUGUUGCUGUUCUAGACUUUUCAUGUUUAUCAUGCUAAAUAAAUGCAUAGGGAAAUAAAGAUUAGAGCUGCAUUUGAAUUCAAUAAAGAUUAUUUGAUUCCCGACAGAAUCUCUGACAGUGUUUUACUUCCUUAUUCUAUCACUGCAGGAGACUGAUGAUAAAUAGUAACAAAAAAUAAAUUAUAUUUGUUAUUAGAUCAAUAUUUGUAAUUAACGACUUCGCUUCUUUCACACGAAAACGCUCGUAAUCCGAUAGGAAAACCCAGGGUUGACUGAGACAGUUGAUAUCCAGCUUCGUAGCACCGGUUUUCCAGGAUGGUCAAGAUAACGGAAACAUCCAGGGUAUGUUGAGCUCGCUUCGUAGUACAGGCCCCUGAGUGCAAAUUGGAAAUUUGGAAAAAUUCUUGGAAUAUUGCAGAAUUGACUCUUGGGAGAGGUGCAAAAAUUUAAAAGAGAGAGUAUAGAAGUUAAAUGCGACUGGGUGCAAUGGAAACAGAUUCAGCGAAUAAAUGAUGACUCUGCAGGAGAGAUGCAAAAUGGCAGCAGAUGAAAAAAAUCAGGCUUAUGUGGACUAGUGAGGAGUCUGCAGUCUUCCUCUCCGUCACUGAGCUUUCCAUCACAUUAAUGCCUUCAUGCAUCCCUUUAAUUAAGUCAUCUUAUUUCAGUUUCUUCCACUGCAGUGGUAUAAUGGCUCCUGGCUAAAGAAUUAGCACCUACUGCUUAUCUCAAUGAACCAACAUCUAAUAUUCACAUAAUUGUAGUGGGUUGAGACAUAAAGUAAAAUGAUCUCCCUAAGUUUUCAAAAAAUGUUCACAUUUGCGUUACAUUGUUAGACUCAUAAUAGACAGAGGAAAUGAUCAAGAUAAAUGCAGUAGUGCCAGGAUUAUUAUUGUACGGUGGUAUUUACCUCUUAAUAUACUGAGUAUUGGGUGUCGCUCACCUUUCUGACCACAAGAGUGCAGGGAACACUGACAUGAUAUGCCGCUGCUGAGCAAAAGCAAAACCAAAUGCGUCUUUGUCCUUCCAAAAUAUCAGUCGCUAAAUAUCAAAUGUCAGUCGCUAAUAUAAUUAUAACUCUUAUGGCAAGGAUUUGCUUCCAUAUCGCUGGCCCAGCUCUAGUUUUCUCAUGAGGCACAAGAGUCUGAUCUAAAUUUUUAACAAUAACCCAACACUAGUAGUGAGCAAGUUUUACAAUGCUCCCUCUUUUAUCCCUGUUUUAACAGCAGUGACUUCAGGAGAUUCGGACCAUGGGGAAAGAAUGUUGUUGUUGUUGUGUUGACAGUGUUAUUUGUAUCAUAAGAACCUUAUGUGAAUCAGUGCAGCACAAAUAUAGUUUUCAAACCAAAAACAAUUUUGUGCCAUGGACUAAACAACACAAAUCUUAGAGAAGUGGAGAGUCACAUUCUGUUAUGUGCUGGACAGUGACAUUUAGUUACAUACUGUUAUUACUUAAGCAUAUUUGCACAUUUAGUUACAUUUUCAUGCAUGGUCAUGUUUUUUUUUUUUAUCCUAAAUUAUUGUUAGUCUGCUGUAUGUACAGUAUAUUAUUGUGUUUUUAUAAUAGUUGAUUUUAUUGCUACUUAACAAGACACUGUAAAAGAAGAAGUAAAUACUGGACCAUAGAUACUCUCCAUCUGUCACUGUCUUUCUUCUUCAGGUUCUUAAAUAAAAACACACGUCAUAUGA